CUAUUGGAUUGCAUCGUCUGUUGCAGGGCCAUGACCAGAAUGUAAACGCGGCCCUCGCAGCGGCGGCGACGAGGAGGGCCUCGAGGACAGCGGCGGCGAGAGGGAGGCCCCGUCGGCAGCAGGACCAACGACGGGAUGACGCGGACGCCCCACGCCCCGGUGGGGGCGGCAUGGCCGCUGGUGGCGCUCUUGGUAGUCGUCGGCGUUGGCUCGAGUUUAGCGGCCAAACCUGGACUCUGCGAAGUGGAGACGGGCCAGUCCAACAUCAUCCUGGACGUGGAGGAGAGCCGAGGGACCCAGAUCAACCAGCUGACUAGCCCGCCGGACCUGCCCGUGGUGGGCGACCCCUUCUCGGACAUCGCGCUCGACCUGGUCUUCCCCAAGGGCUCGCCCAUGUUCAUCCUCAACGGCAAGCGGCUGCAGCUGCUGCACCCGCUGGACCGCGACCAAGCCAACCUCUCGCACAUCGUCUUCCAGCUCAUCUGCACCGUCAAGUCCACCAAGCGGAAGCGGACCAUCCCCGUCAUCGUCCGCGUCUCGGACAUCAACGACAACCCGCCCAAGUUCCUCAACACGCCCUACGAGACGACCGUGUCCGAGCUCACGCCCGUCGGGACCACCGUCUUCCAAGGAGUGCAGGCAGUCGAUGCGGACUCGGGCGUCAACGGCCUGGUCGAGUACCUGGUGGUGCCCGGUGACCCAGCGGCCGUGGCCGCCACCAACCAGGGGCAGCCGCGGGUGCACGUCGCCGACGGCUACGGCUACUUCUCCAUCAACCUCCCCCACCAGGGGCAGGUGACCGUCAACCGCUCGCUGGACUACGAGCGCACGCAGCGCUACUUCGUCACCAUCGUGGCCACGGACCGCGCGCGCAACUCGACAGAGAGGUUGUCCAGCAGCGCCACCCUCACGGUGAACGUGCGCGACGACGACGACCAGGACCCCAGCUUCAUCUACCAGGGCUGCAUGCUGCUGGACGGCGCGUGCAUCAACCCGGAGUACACGGCGUCGGUGCAGAGCGGCAAGCUGGCCGGCAUCCUGCACGUCUCGCCGGAGAAGAUCCAGGCCGUGGACAUGGACUCGAUCAACUCGCCCAUCGUCUACUCGUUCCUCAGCGGCUCGCCCGCCUCCUUCCGGGACUACUUCGAGAUCAACCCGCAGACAGGAGCCGUGCGACAGACGCAGCCCGUGGACACCUCCGUCACCAAGAAGUUCCAGCUCAUUAUCAAGGCCGCCGAGGUGUCAGAAGCCAAGAGGUUCGCGACAGCCAAGCUGGAGAUCACCGUCAAGCCCGUGGACGUGAACCCGCCCGAGAUUAUCGCCACGGCAACCGAGGGCUACGUGGAGGAAAACUCACCCGUGGGCACGCAGAUCCUGGACGUCAACGGCAAGCCCAUCUCCUUCACCGUCACUGAUGCCGACUUGGGACCGGAGGACCCCAAACCGACUUACACUUUCGAGAUGACGACCAACUUUUUCCGCAUCGAGAACGGGGUGCUGACGGUCAACGAAGAGAACCUGGACCGGGACCCGCCAAGCCCCGGCAAGUUUCGCUUUCAGGUUGUGGCCCGAGAGAAGAAUGGCAACGCGGCCAGCGCGCCACUCUCGCUCACCGUCACCCUCGAGGACAUCAACGACAACGCGCCGCGGCUGCCCAUGGUGCCGCCCGUGUCCGUGCAGGCCGGCGACGGCAAGCGCGAGGUGAUCCGCGUCGAGGCCACGGACAACGACGAAGGCGAGAACGCCGUGGUCACCUACAGCAUCUACCACGUGUCCAACAACGGCCGCCUCAAGUUCACUAUCGACCCGGAGACGGGGCUGCUCGAGACGACCGGGAAGCUGAACGCGGGCGAGCAGUACAGCAUCACGGUGCAAGCCACGGACACGGGCGGCCGCUCCAGUCAGACCAUCGUGGAGGUGAAGGUGAUCCCCGGGCCCAACACGCGCAGCCCCGUGUUCCAGCAGUCCACCUACGAGGUGCAGGUGAGCGAGGGCGUCGCCAUCAACACCACGGUGGCCACCAUCACGGCCAAGGACCCCGAGGACGACCCCGUGUCGUACUCCAUCGUCAGCGGCAACGACCUGCGCCAGUUCGCCAUCGGGGACAAGACCGGCGUUGUCACCAUCAUCCGCAAGCUAGACCGCGAGGACCUCACGCGCUACCAGCUGCUCAUCAAGGCCGAGGAUACCGGUGGGCUGUCGAGCACAGCUACGGUCAACAUCAAGGUGACAGACAUCAACGACAAGAACCCCGAGUUCGACGGGCUCCCCUACGUGUUCCGCGUGCGCGAGGGCGAUGCCAACCAGACGAUAGGCUCUGUACACGCCAGUGACGCCGACGAGGGUCAGAACGCCGUCGUGUACUACUCCGUCCCCGAGGACGUACCCUUCGCCGUUGACGCUAUGACAGGAGAGGUGCGCACCAAGUCGGCGCUCGACUACGAAAAGCAGAAGGAAUUUCGGUUCGUGGUGACUGCCCGUGACGGGGCACCAGACCCACGCCUCGCUACCGCCACUGUGACCGUCGAGGUCAUGGACGUGGAAGACGAGCUCCCCGUGUUCAAGGAGCACACGUACGACGUCCACGUGCCGGAGAAUGUGCCGGACCACGUGGUCACCCAGGUGCACGCCGAUGACCCGGACACGGUGCAGCGCGUCACCUACACCAUCCGACAGGGGCCCACCGAUCUGUUCGCCAUCGACCCCAAGACGGGCGUCAUUCGCACGCUGCGUGGCCUGGACUUUGAGCGCGAGAGCCAAUACAUUCUCGUGGUGGGCACGCUCGAGAACCCCGGCAGCGGGGCGGGGGCCACGACCAGGGUGGUGGUGAACGUGGACGACCGCAACGACAUCCCGCCCGUGUUCACCACCGUGGCGCGACCCGUGUCCCUCGAGGAUGACGUGGGCAUCGGCACGAGGGUCACCACGCUCACCGCCACGGACUCGGACGGCACGGCGCCGGGCAACAAGGUGCGCUACGAGCUCAUCGGCCGCGGCAAGGCCAACAAGUACUUCACCGUGGACCCCGACACCGGCGUGCUCAGCGUGCGGGACGACCUCCGCAAGGAGACGGACCAGUCCUACCAGGUGGACAUCAAGGCGUACGAUCUGGGCGAGCCUCAGCUGUCCUCCGUCAUGUCGGUGCCAGUGUUCAUCAAACACUCGGCUACCGUGGCGCCGGAAACCGGCCUGGGCUUCGCCGACGACCUGUACACCGUGGAUGUGCCUGAGAACGCCACGGCGGGGGCUCUGCUCAAGACCCUCACCAUCGUCAACAGCAAGGCGCACCGCACCGCACCCGCGCCGCUGCACUGCAGUAUCGUCAACGGCAACGAAGGAGGGCUAUUCUUCGCGAACGUGACGGAGAACCGCAACUGUGAGCUGCGCGUGGCCUUGACGGGCGUGCUGGACGCGGAGCAGCGCUCGCAGUACCAGCUCACGGUGCAGCUGGACACGCUGCCCGGUCUCGUGAAUCCGGCCAGGGCCACGACGCGCGUCAAGGUGCACGUCGAGGACCUGAACGACAACGUGCCGCGCUUCGUGUUCCCGGCCAGCGGGCUGAUGCAGGGUCAGGCGCUGGGCCGCUACUUCGGCGCCGUGCCCCAGGACGCGCAGAUCGGCACCUCGGUGCUGCAGGUGAAGGCUGAAGACGCAGACGGCGGCCGCUUCGGGAGGGUGAAGUACGCCCUGGUGGACUCAGAGGAGGAUGCAGACGACAACGACGUUGCGACAGACAGGGACAGCGACAACGACUAUUUCUCCUUGGACACAGACACCGGCGUGCUCAAGACCAAACGCUCUCUGGAAGAGGUCCCGCCCCAACGGCUGCCGUUCCGGCUGACAGUGGAGGCCCGUGACAACGCCGGCGCCAGCGAGGGGGCCAACACGGUGCACGCGCAGGUCAUCGUCAACAUCGUCACGCCCAACAACCUCCUCGUGCUGGUGCUCCAGGACGUGCGGCCGGAGCGCGUGCAGGGCGAGGCGCAGCGCCUGGUGGCCAUCCUCGAGCAGCACUCCGGCCUGGUCGUGGGCGUGGAGCGGCUCACCGCCCGCCACUUCCUCGCCGACAACGCCACGCUGCAGACCGACGGCGCCGGCACCGACGUGUGGUUCUACGCCGUGGACCCAGAGACGGGUCGCAUCCUGGAGCGCAACAGCACGCGCGUUCAGCGCUCCGUGCUGGACAAGCAAGUCGUGUCCAACAUCACGCUGGACGUGUCUGCGAACCUCCAAGCCACGGCCACGGCCAUUCAUGAGCCCUACGUCGUGGCGAGGCACAAGACGGCCGUCGCCGUGUCCUGGGAGGUGUUCCCGUACGCUUUAAUCGUCAUCGCCUGCGUCAUCCUCGUCCUAGGCGUCGUUGGCAUCAUCUAUAUCUGCGUAUCCUGGUCUCGGUAUAAGGCUUACAAAGAGAGAAUGCAGAGAAUGUAUGUGGUCCCCCGAUACGAUCCAGUUUUUGUCGAGCCCAACCUUAAGGAGUAUGAGACUCAGGUUCUCCAGAUGAGUGUUCCUCUUGACGAUAAUGACAGUUACAAUGAUCUUCAACUAGAUUUUAGCCAAAAGAAUCAUGCAUUUAGUAUGGAUAAUGUUAGUUACAUCACAAAAGAAAACAAUACUGGUAGCAUAGGUCAACAGAGCCCUGUAAGCUCCGAUGCAGCAACGACUGCAAGAGCAUCUAGUAUAGCUGGUGGAGUGGACACCAUGAGGAGGAGGGAGAUUAAGCCAAACAACCUAACUGGUCAUGAUCCACCAACUAGCAACCCUCUGUAUGACAGAUCGCAUGAGGAUAAUAAUGUAGGACAUCUCAAUGCAAGUGCAACUAAUGAAAAUGUUCUGUUCUGUGAGAAAAAAGACUAUUCACAUCUUGGGGGGUUUGCAUAUAUUAAUGACCGUAAUAGUAUUGAAACUACCACUGAGCUUUAGUGACUUGAAACCUGGUGCCAAUAGGAAGCAAAUGUUUCUUAUUUAAAAGACUUCUUGAUAUUAAUCAAAAUGUUUGCUACAAUCUGGAUAUAAGGAGAAGUCUCCUCUUAGUCAUUUUAUGUGUAUAAACUGAACUAAUUAAUAGUGUUGUGUUUAGGGUUGAUGUAGUAUUAUAUAGUAAUCUGUAUAGUACAGGUAAAUAGGAGGUUAUGCAAUUAUACAAAGUGCCAAGGCCAAUCUGCAAACAUAUGACAAAAAUGGUAAGGGAGUCAAUACUUUUGUUGUAGGGAAUCUAUGUUGUGAGCAAUAUGUCUAAUAAUUUGUUUGUGCUGAGUGUAAUUUAUUAUAUGCUGCUAAUUUUCUGUCACACUGGUUUGUUAGGCUGCUGUUGGGAGCUUUUAAACUUUUUUGGACAAUAUAAUGAAUGAGUGAGUAAAAAGAUAAUCCUACUGGAUAAUAAAACUGCUAUUAUUCACACGUUUAAUGUAAGCAAAUUGAUGAAGCCAAAUGAACAUUAUGUGUACUUAAUAAUUAUGACAAGAUGUAUCUGUACAAAAAUGUCAUGAUGCUAAUAUAUGUGAUAUAAUUUGAAGUCGUGCCUUUGCCAUGGCCAACAGCCAAAUGGGUUACUGCUUUAAUAUUUAAAAAAUAUAUAUAUAUAGCCCUUUCUAAAAUGUACAAGAAACAAGAAAUUAAUAUUUGAAUUAGAGAAAGCGUUGUAUCUCUGAGAAAAUGCUCAACCUCUUGUAUAAAUGUAAUACAAACAACUGUUUGUGGUUUUACUACUCAAACUCAAAAGGCACUUUAAACCCUAUCCAAAAUCUUAGAAACUAAAGUACUUUUGUCAUGCUCAAAUGUUAUGUAAAUAUGAAAGGAAGUAAUUUAUAAGUCCAUACUUUAUGUACUUGAAUCAAUAAUUACUAUCUGUAAAAAUGUAAGUUUACGGUGAUGUCAAUCUUAAAAGAUAAAAUGGUGUACAUAAUUCUAGAACUGUUAUAAAUGUGUAAUUAUUAUUCCAAAUUUAUGUAAAUAUCCAUAGAAACAAUGAAUUUAUUUACUAUUUAAUGCCUUAUUGCUUAGUUGUAGAUUUUUUUACCAUUAUGAUAGAUAAAUGACAUUUUGUUAAAACACUCUGUUGUUAUUUUUAAUAAAAAUGAAAUCAUGAAA